UGUCGCUGUUCCCCGCUACAAGUGUGGUAUGUUCCUGGAGGAGGCGGGGACGGGGCGCGUGUUGCUCUCCUUCAGCGAGGACUCCACCUGCACUAAUAACCUCAACUCCCCUACUGAUGGGUACGAGAACUACGUGUUGAUGUCGGUCCGUCCUGCCACUGCCACCCGACGUCAGCGCCUCCACCUGCACCUUCCCCGGGACCCUCUCAGGCCACUGGCACCACACCUUUAUCGCCGGUGACACCAUUGUUUUUAAGGACUACCGGAACCACAAAACCUACAGUGCCAGCUGCGUGAAGGACUUGCUGGACGGGGAGAGGUUCAUUGUAUACGCCCGCACCCACUGCGGUGACUGGAACUACAACUGCCUGUGGCUGAAGCGACGCAGUGCCAAUGUAUUAGAAUUUAUGUUGGGUCUUUACCCGAGGGAAAACUUCGACGUUUCGCUGUGUGAUGUUGGCAAGUUCGGCGACAUGACAUCUUGGAUCACACAAGGCAAGUCACUGUUGGAGGAACCCACGACGUGUCCCAUCGUGGGAAACUAUGCCGGGGAGCUUCCUGACGCCCCUGGUUACUGUGCUCAGCUGUACUCUGACUGUGAGACUCCACAACUCAUGUACUACACCGUCGGUGAUUGCAGAAACACCUCCAACGUGUAUGAGCACGAAGACCUGCCAGGCCCCACGAGUGAGGCGGGACCCUGGCUGCCGCCCGAGCAGAAGGUGAGCACAGGUGCUGUUCUCACUAUCGCUGAUGAUGAGGGCGGCCGUGGACGAAGGCAAGUAAAUGGUGGCCAGUUCCGUGUGGCCAACGCUCGGACCACUACCAUAUCCUGGCUCUGGGGAACCACCCCUGAUACCACAACAUCUACAACCACAUCGACAACUACCACUACCACAACAACAAGGUCUCCAUCCUCACAACGCUCACCAUGGACACACUUGCCUCUCCCCCGGCCACCACCUGCCCAUUCUGAGUCUACCUCAGAAAGGAAUUACGAUAGAUUCCAACCCGAUCCAUAUUCGGAGUUUCGCAGCCAGCCAGAACCACCCCGUCGAGGUGGCUACAACCCUGUUGACUUUUGGCCAAGUAACCCGAGUAGACCACAGUACCCGCCGGAGAAUGCUGCUCCUGAGCUGUCAGUAGCGCCCCCUCAACCUCCGAGGGAUCCUUCCCCAACCAGUGACAACUCAGAGGUGGCAGGAUCGGGAGUACCAGGCCGUGCCACUUGGGUUCCUGGGGCACCUCCAGGUUUUCUCUCUGCUUCCACUCAUCAACCUCAUGUCAGUGAACCACGAAACCCCGUAGGAGACAACCGCCACCCAACACCACCAGCACCCCACAACCCAUCGUACAACUACUCUCCAGAUGUUGGUACUGGUCGUCAACCACUGGAGCAAAGUAUUCACAGUCAACAACCCAUCAAGCAAGGUAUGCAGAGCAAAGACGAGAGUGAGUAUGCCUGGGACAACAGACUCAAACAUCCUCCUGGCUACUGGUUCACUGCAGGGCCUCAAGAUAAUGUAUCUGCAAGUGUAAACGCUAAGCCUGACUUACCUGACAGGGGGGUGGGAUGGGAACCCUCAGAGGAGUCUGGACAGAGCAUGACAGACAGUCGGGACGUGCACGUUGGUGGAGGUUCUGGAAGUGGGGAAGUUCCCUCAUCUGUGGCAUCUUGGCCUGGUAGUGACGGUCGUCAGGACGGCAACCGCUCCUUCACUCGUAGUUCUGCACUUUCAGAUUUGGGUGGACCCAGAGAUGUUACUACCUCCUUCCCUUCCGGUUGGAAACCUUCUCUUGGUCCAUCUUUCUCUACUUCUUCCUCCCCUGUAUUCUCUUCUCGGGAUGAAUCUGAUCGCACAAACAAUAGACAGCCCAUCAGUGGGCGCCCUGAUACUGACGACGAGCAACAGGUAAGAGACAGUAGUUUUAGUCACCGUAAGUUCAACAGGACAACAAACAGGCAACCUGGAGGCAGAGGCUUCUGGUCAUCUAGUACACAGACAGACAGAAAUCAGUCACCUUGGGACUCAGGGUCAAAUCCUGACAGUAAAAGACUUUCAGAUGAACACUCAUACACAUCGUCCACCAAAGAACCUCCAGUCUUUGUGGACAGACCUAUUGACAGACCACGUGACACUUUAAACUUCCAUCCAGUAGAUCCUGACCAGCAUAGUUCUGUAAACAGAGACUUUUAUAGGACAACAGAGGACUCCACUUGGCGAAGAAACCAAGACAGAACACCAUCAGGCAGUGAAGUUGAUGACAUCCCCUUAUAUAGAGACAGAGGGGCCGGAAAGUCUCCAGGGCGUGACGCUGGAUCUCACUGGAUCUCAGAAACUAUUGACACUGUCCCUGCACAUGUUAAUCGCCCAGGAAAGCUUGGAUAUCAGUCAAGUAUCGGUGAGCCUGGCCGCGUACCAGGUAGUGGGUCAACAGCUGCUGCACCAGCGAGAGGCAUCCCUGCCCAUUCCAGGAGGGUUACGGCCCCCAUUCUCCCUGCAGAGCGGGAGUACCAGUGCCUUGGCCAGUGGGAGGAGGAGGGGAGGUUGUACGCCCUUACCUACCGCCGGGAUAUUCGCAUCUAUGAGUGCUUCGUAGGCGUCAUCAAGCCCCAGGGUGUGGUGUUCAUCAAGGAGGCUGGCAGUCAUUGCUCCAGGGGCAUCCGUCCUGAAGUGCUCGGCAUGAAGCUUCACAGGAAAGAGUCAUGCACGGUAGACUCGACACCAUCACAGGCCAGUCCUAGCUCACAGAGAAGCAGCAGCAGCAGUCGAGCGCCAGUUACCAAACCUCCAUGGCUUCGUACCACCCGAUCCUGGAAGCCUAUCACAGGUCGUCCCAGUCAUCGAGGUUCAGGGAGUGCGACGCUACUCACCCCAUCACUUGUUCUCAUCUUUACUAUCACUGCUGCCCUCAUAGCUUCCACAGUCAGGACUGUUUAGGUAGCCAUUGAUUUUUUUUUUCAAUAAAUUUUCUCUAAUAUUAAGCAGUGCAUAAGUGUUUGUAUUCUCUAGAAGUAUGCUAGAUAUGCAGUUUUCCUCAAAUUUUAUGGAAAAGUAUUGGGCGUCUUCAAAGAUAGUAAUCUGUGAAUGAAGAUACAAGAUCACGGUGAAUGAAACCUGUUAACUUACUUAUACAGUACAGUACAGUACUGUAUAAAACUUUAUCUAGAGAGUACAUCCUCUAAUGGACUGUGGCCCAGUAAUAAACAUGUAAUAUGUCAUUAAGAGUGCUUUUUGGGCUCUCAAUGAAUUUUAGUUUUCAGUAUUUACCAGAGUUUUGGCCAUCGAUCAGAAGACACCAAGUGUUACCAAAAGUAACAUCAUUUGGAGAACAAUAUACCUUUCACUGACCAAGAAGACUCUGGCUAGUCAGAAUAUCUUAAUAGAAUAUAUAUAUAACUAUAAGAGAGCGAGAGAGAAUUUUGAAGAUUCAUACAUUACUCAGAGAUGUAAGCUGAUUCCUUUUGAUAAUUGUCAUGUUAGAGUUAAGUUGCUUUACUUAUUCAUAACAGAAUGGAAGACUAGCUUUAAAUGUUUCUCAUUUGGCAUUAAAUAGAAAUGCAUUUUAAAAUUUAUACAACUAUGUUGUUUUAUUGAAAUUUUAUAUACUGUAUUUGAGCACACAGGCCUUUCUUUCAAAACUGUAGGUAAACUGUACUGUAUAUAAUAUAAUGCUAGAUUUUUGCUUUCUGUAAACUUUUAAUGUAUAUAUUUGUAGAGUAGUACUGAAAAUGACCCACAUAUGGGGUCCUAUAAUUGUGUAGGUUGAUUGAUAGUCAUUCACAAACUUGAUGUUCACUCAUAAAUUAUCAUAUAGAAUAUCUCGCUAUUUUGUGACUCAGAAGGAUGUUUUAUUUUGAAUCAUGAAUAUAUUAACUGUGCCCUAAAAUAUAUGUUAUACACCUGAGCACAAGUUUUCAUUUGUUGGUAAAAUUGAUAUUUUUGUAUGUAUCAUUUUAUUGGUUCGUGUACUGUACUGUAUUUCACUUAUGUUUAUUAUUGGCUUAUAAUCUUUGUGUACACCAAAAAUUUCAUUAAAAACAAGUUUUGUAUAAAUUUUUAAAUGUUUUGAGGAAGUAUUUUUGUAAGAAUGAAUCUUAGCUCUACAAAAGUUUUUUCAGGAACAGAACCCAACCAACCUACUCUGUUAUUUGAUGUUUUAAGAGCACACUCACUCCUCAACACUGAACAAACUAUCACAUGUCAUCAUAACCAACAUUACACCAACACAUCUGUAUUAUUAGCUCAAGAUACAGAACUGUAUGUCACUUAACGUAGAAAUUAAAAUAUAGCAUUAUAUUUAAUGUAUUGUAGAAAGCCAAUUGUACUGUAUUAUUGAGUACAAUUGAACUGAUAAUGUAUGUUUAUUGAAUUGUGUUUUAGGAACUUAUGAAUAACCUCAAUUUUUUUUAGCAAGAUUUUUUGUUUUUGAGAUAUUUAUACCAAAUAUACAGCGCAUUAUAUCAGAAUAUUUUAUGAUAAUGAACUAUUUGUCAUCAUUAAUGUUUUAUCCAUGGCUCUAGGUUUGACAUUAGAAGCAAUUUGAUUUUAAACAAAAAUAAAUUAAGGCUGUUUUAGAUUACAGUACAGUAGUUACAGAAAAUAACCAAAACUAUUUCAAUUUACUGGAAAGUAUUCUAUUUUUUAAUUAGUUAUAGUCCCAGGUUUUACAUCAAUGCAUUUCCAUGUGAAUUUCAAAAGUAUCCUUCCUGAAUUAAUAUAACAGUAUUAUAUGAUUUUAUAUUGUGUAUUUUUUCCUUCAUGACAAAAUAUUUUAAUUCCCAAAGAAAGAUUGUUUUGCCAUAUUUAAGUACUUAUUGUGUGUAAGCAAUUGGGUAGGAUCCCUUCUUUUGAUUGUCAGUUAUUGCAUCUUCCAUGAGCUACAGGAAAUAUGGCACACACAGUUUCAGGCCAUCUCUUGUGAAGGAGGCAGGAGUGUAGGGUGUGGUGCUGAUGGUAAGUCACUACCGACGGUCCUAGGUGUAGCAGGAGUCUAAGGUUUAUGCCCGUAGCCAUUCAAAUUAUUUUUUUCUCACUACUGCAUUUGAUGGAGAUGUGGGGUAAAACAACCUAAAUGUACAGUAAUUUGUCAAGGACACUGAUAAUGUUCUAGGGAGCAAAUGUAUUGUGGUCAGUGAGGAAGAUGCAAGUCUACAGUAAGCCAAGGUGGAGUUGGCUUGAUGGAAGUUCUAGGUUCAAGUCCUGGGUGGUUCAAAAUUUUUUGUGUUUCUCACUGUUAAAUAUAUUUGUAUUUUUUGCUGACAUUUUAAUUAUUAUACUGUACUAUUGAAAUAUUAUUUACAUUGUCUCACCUCUUCACACUCCUGUCGUUAUUCUUCACAUAAACCAUUUGGUCUCUAAUGCAGCGCUCUUGUAUGGACACUGGAUCAACUUCAGAUUGUCUUAACAAUUUUAUAGUACAGUGUAUGAGUGUUAUUAAAUGAACUAUUCUUUUCACUUCAAAAUAUAUAAUGAACACUGUAUAUGUUUAUUUCCUUGUUUCAUUCAAAUUUCUAAAGCUCUGCCCCAGGACUUAAAAUUAGUUAGAAUAUCUUUUGAUAUUUUUUAUUUGUAAAAAUGUUAUUGUCCACUGCAUGUUGUACAAAAAAAAUAUUUAUUCCAUUAAGUGAUUCCUUUGUGAAUAAUGCCCCUUUGCACCUCCAGUUGUAUAAUGCACUUGUUCACCAAUAAAAGGUUUUAUGAACCACA